AUGUAUGAGUCUCUGAAACGCCAGCUAAAAACUCAGCAGUCGCUGUUUAAGAAAGUAAAUGCUGAACAACAUGCAGCAACGCGUGCUAGUUUUCGUGUGGCUCAUUUAGUAGCGAAACAGUGUAAGCCAUUUACCGACGGUGAAUUAAUUAAGAACUGCAUUAUUGCAACAGCAGAAGAAAUGUGUCCAGAAAAAGUUAAUUUAUUUAAAAACAUAUGUUUGUCGGCAAACACUGUGGCUCGAAGAAUAGAUGACAUUGCACAAAAUAUAUCAUCACAGCUGCGUGACAAAAAUCAAGACUUAGACUGGUUCUCUUUGGCCGUGGAUGAGUCAACAGAUGUAUCAGAUACUGCUAAAGUACUACUUUUUAUUCGAGGGAUUGACAAAAAUUAUGAAGUAGAAAUAAUGGACAGUGAAAGUAUUGCACUGGGUAACAUUCAUAGUAUUGAAGAAUCUGGUUUGAGUAGCAUCAAGAAAACUUUGAAAGUGUUUGCACAGACAGGAAGAAAGCAGGCAGGUGCAUUAAACAGCACAGAAAGAGGUGGUCAUGUCACUGUAGUGCGCUGCAUGAGUCCCUCUGGCUUUGUCCCAUCAAAGCUGAUUUACACAAGAAAAAAGGGGAAAAAAGAAGAAACAGACAGGGCUCCUUUAACAACUGUUGGAGUGCCCAGGAAAUAA